AUGGGCCCCUAUACCGCCUCCUCAUGCUGCUGCCAGGCCGUAAUCUGCCAUGGGCCCCCGUACCGACUCCUCAUGCUGCUGCCAGGCCCGUAAUCUGUCAUGGGCCCCUGUACCGCCUCCUCAUGCUGCUGCCAGGUCCAGAGUGUGUCAUGGGUCCCUGUACGGCCUCCCAUUGCUGCUGUCUCUAUCGCCACACUCUGCCAUGUGCCACUUUCAGGUCUCCUCACACUGCUGGUGGUUUCCAUUUUUGUCAUAGGGUGCUGUAUGGCCUCCCAUUGCUGCUGCCUCCACCGCCACACUGUGGCUCCACACUCUGGUUUUGGCCCCGUGACUGCCCAAAUGAGUGAAGUGUGCGGUGAUUCUAAGAUCGACGGCACUCAUCUGCAUGUCAUACUGACUGACAGUAUUAUUUCUCUUCCCCAGCAGACUCCAAGGGCAUUUAAAUUAAAGGUACAGUGUUCUGCACUAAUAUUA